UAAAUACUCCUUCCUCUGUCUCAGUUUCCUCUUCGGUCUUCCACUCAUUCUCUCUCAUUUUAUCCUCUGCUUCUCCUUCCUGUUCUUCGUUUUCCUCUCCUCGUCGAUCUUUGUCAACCAUGGCAUCAGAACCAGUUAGAGUCCUUGUCACUGGAGCUGCAGGACAAAUCGGAUACGCUCUCGUGCCUAUGAUUGCCAGAGGAGUAUUGCUAGGAUCUAACCAACCUGUCAUCUUGCACAUGCUUGAUAUCCCACCUGCUGCAGAGUCUUUGAAUGGCGUAAAGAUGGAGUUGGUGGAUGCUGCUUUCCCACUCCUUAAAGGUGUUGUUGCUACAACUGAUGUGGUGGAGGCAUGCACCGGUGUCAACAUUGCUAUUAUGGUUGGUGGAUUCCCAAGGAAAGAGGGUAUGGAAAGAAAAGAUGUGAUGUCAAAAAACGUCUCCAUUUACAAGGCUCAGGCUUCUGCCCUUGAAAAGCACGCUGCUGCCAACUGUAAGGUGUUGGUUGUCGCUAACCCGGCAAAUACUAAUGCAUUGAUCUUGAAGGAGUUUGCUCCUUCCAUCCCGGAGAAAAACAUUUCUUGCUUGACGAGAUUGGACCAUAACAGGGCAUUGGGCCAAAUUUCAGAGAGAUUGAAUGUUCAAGUAUCCGAAGUUAAGAAUGUUAUUAUCUGGGGUAACCAUUCAUCAACACAAUACCCUGAUGUCAACCAUGCUACUGUCAAGUUACCAUCUGGGGAGGAGAAAUCUGUCCGCGAGCUUGUUGCUGAUGAUGCAUGGUUGAAUGGAGAGUUUAUUAGCACUGUUCAACAACGUGGUGCUGCAAUCAUCAAAGCCCGGAAGCUCUCAAGUGCAUUGUCUGCUGCUAGUGCAGCUUGUGAUCACAUUCGUGAUUGGGUUCUUGGAACUCCGGAGGGCACCUGGGUUUCCAUGGGAGUUUAUUCUGAUGGAUCAUACAAUGUACCAGCUGGACUGAUGUACUCAUUCCCCGUCACGUGCCGUAAUGGUGAAUGGUCAAUUGUGCAAGGCCUUUCCAUUGAUGAAUUCUCAAGGAAGAAACUGGACUUGACCGCCGAGGAGCUGACCGAGGAAAAGGCUUUGGCUUACUCCUGCCUCUCGUAAACAGUUGGUCCCUGGCCCCUUCCCGUUGGUACUAAGAGAAGUGUGGCUCUUAAUUUAAGUACUUUGGCUACAGUUUUGAUUGAAUAAUGCCAUCAUUAAGAACAGCUAUGGAGGAAGCAGAGAAACAGGACAAUUAUCUUCUGCUUUCUGGUCUUUAUUAUGCAUUUCCCUGGUUUCCCUUUUUGUUGAGGAUUUUUCAUUUCCUUACUGCUUCAACCCAUCAACGGCCUGUUUAUGUCAUGAGUUUUACAUGAACUUUUGUUGAUCGGAUUCAUAUAAUAUUACCUAAUUAGAAUAAUUUCCUCGAAUUUGUCCC